AGCAGUGAUGCAAAUACAUGCUUUGUUGUAGGUCGAAAAUUUUCAGUUUCGGAAUGUAUUGACGUUUGAGAAGUCCAUGAGGAAUGUCGUCCGAAGAACAUCCUAACGCAUUUAAUAAUAAACGCUUUUACUAUGUAUUAUCCUUGUAGAUUUCUGUCUUCCUUUUAUGCCCGUGGUUUGAAAUUUGAAAACAUAAUAGCAAUGUAUAUAUAUGUAUCCGGGGAGUAACGCAUAAAAUCUUUUGAUGUAUUGAUUUUGUGUUAGAGCGAAAUGCUCAGGAGCGUCAAUACAUGCACGCUUACAAGCGUCUACAGAUACAAGAAAUGCUAAUCAUAGACGGUUAACGGACUAUUGUUAGAGAUGAUUUCUUGCAAAUCGGCGUAGUUGACUAACAAGUUGGAGUGACGAGCUAACCGGACAGCACUUACUAUUCUUUCCGGCGAAAGUUUCACGUCUGAAACAAUGAAAUUGUACUUUGUGGUUGACAGUAGUUUUGUUUUAUUUACUCCGUAGAGAUGCUCGUACUACUUGACAGUCUUGUGUAAUAUUAAGAACGUAGCAGUUGUAACAUCUGGAUGAGCAGCCGAAGGCGCAAUGUAGGAGGCUGUGGUGACCCAGAAUGGAAUUCUGUUGUAUUGGCACAAUCCAAAAGGAAUGUUGUUGACAAGAAUUUGGUCCAGCUUCAACAUGACAGAAAGCUUUAUACAAAGUUUUUCUCAAUUUUCUCAGGACCCGAAGUUUCCUCACAAUGGAAAGAAUAGAAGAUAUGUUGUUCUCAGCUAUCUCUAAGGGGGAUGUGCAUAAUGUUGGAUACCUUCUUUCAAAAGGUGCAAACAUGAAUGUAAUCUGUGGACAAGGACGAACAUCUCUGGGGCUGGCUGCAGAGCUCGGUAAUACAGCAGUGCUCCAGAAACUACUAGAUUUCAGUAAUGCACCAGCUAUUUACAGCCGAGAGCGUGAUAAUAGAAAACGUCGUGCAAAGAAGUGGAAACGUGAUCCAGAAUUGGGUGGGACACCAGCAAAUCAGAAUCAUACAGCUGCUGCACAAACUAGCACCAGUAAUCAAGCAGAGGUUCGCACUCCUGAAGGCAUGGAUGCACUAGAAUGGGAUCCAGAGAUGUCAGCAACUCCUCCAGGGCCUCCUGAUAAAGAUGAGGAACAUUGGAGUAGACUUUACAUGUGGUAUGCUGGUAUACUUGACAGAACUAGCACAAUGUAUGACAUACCACAUAGUUGUGAUGUAAAUCACCAGGAUUACUACAGUCGCUGUGCUCUGCACUAUGCUGCAGAGCAAGGUCAUGAAGAUGCUGUUUUACUACUUACUGCUGCUGGAUGUCGUGUUGAUAUUGGAGACAAAGAGAACCGCACUCCUUUACACCUAGCAGCUUCCCGUGGGCACAGUGCUGUAGCAGUCCACCUGCUUGACUCAGGGGCAGAAGUUAAUCGCAAAACUAGUGACAGGACAUCAGCAUUGCACAUUGCAGCUUCAAGAGGCUUUACGAACUUUGUACGUGUUUUACUGGAGCAUGGAGCAAAUGUUGAUGCACUUGAUGCAUCAGAUCGCACACCGCUGAUGUUAGCAGUGUUACGUCGCCGUGAUCAUGUUGUGCGUGUCCUAGUUGAACAUGGUGCUAAAGUCAACAUUGAAGAAAUUCAUGGUUAUACUCCUCUUUGUGAAGCAGUUUGGCAAAAGAGUGUACCUAUGGUGAAAAUUCUUCUGGAUGCUGGUGCAAAAGUGACGCAGUCUCACUACCUGUUGCAUUACGCCAUAAUGCAUCGCCAGGUAGACAUGGCACGUCUGUUGUUACAAACUGGAUGUAUUGUCAAUUUACGUGAUGACAAUGGUGACACACCACUCAUUGCUGCUGCUCGUACUGGAAAUUGUGAAAUUACAGAGUUGCUUUUAAAAAACGGUGCAAAUGUCAACUAUUCAAAUGGUCUAACAGGAAGUGGACCACUACAUGAAUCAGUUGAAUAUACUCGUGACUCUGAUUUUCAGACAUUUGUUGAAAUGGUCAAAGUCCUCCGAUCACAUGGUGCUAUUUUAAAUGCACACUCUUUAACUGGUGGUGACACUCCUCUUUUCAGAGCCAUUCUUUUGCAAAAAUAUAAAGCUGCUGCUCUCCUGAUAAGACUUGGGUCUGAUGUCAACAUGUGUGAUGUUAAUAUAUGUGGUGUAGAUCUUGUUACUUUAGCUAGAAAAAGAAAUCACUUUGGGCUAAUUCGUAUGUUGAUUUAUGCGGGUUUUAAUCUGCAUCAGAAUUUUCCUGAAAUUGAACCUCCAAAUAACCCUGAUGCAUUGGACCUAGAUUCUAUUGAUGGUUGGAUGAAAUACAUGAAAUAUAAUCCAAUGCGUCUCACAGAUCUCUGCAGAAUAGCUGUAAGGAAACAAAUGGGAGAGAGUGUUUCUGAGGUUGUGUCAAAGUCAUUUUUGCCACAAAUAUUGAAGAGUUACAUGAUGUUAGAAGAUGUAUUGACAUAACUGUUGUUAAGUGAGUGAUCUGUUAUUGGUCUAUGUACCUGGAGUAUAAUAAAAUCACCAUUAACUUUAAUAAAAAAUAUUUAAUUUUGA